AUGGCUGUGGUCAUCCGUUUGCAAGGUCUCCCAAUUGUGGCGGGGACCAUGGACAUUCGCCACUUCUUCUCUGGAUUGACCAUCCCUGAUGGGGGCGUGCAUAUUGUAGGGGGUGAACUGGGUGAGGCUUUCAUCGUUUUUGCCACUGAUGAAGAUGCAAGGCUUGGUAUGAUGCGCACAGGUGGUACAAUUAAAGGGUCAAAAGUAACACUAUUGUUGAGUAGUAAAACGGAAAUGCAAAAUAUGAUUGAACUGAGUCGUAGGCGGUUUGAAACUGCCAACUUAGAUAUACCACCAGCAAAUGCUAGUAGACCAGGACCGCCACCUAGCUCAGGAAUCAGUGGCAGGGUAAACUUGCCUACAACAGUACCCAGCUUUAAUAAUCCCUCACCCAGUGUAGUUACUACCACCACUUCUGUUCAUGAAAGCAACAAAAACAUACAGACGUUUUCCACAGCCAGCAUAGGAACUGCUCCUCCAAAUAUGGGGACUUCCUUUGGGAGCCCAACAUUUAGCUCAACUGUUCCCAGCACAGCCUCUCCAAUGAACACAGUCCCACCACCACCAAUUCCUCCAAUCCCAGCGAUGCCAUCUUUGCCACCGAUGCCGUCCAUUCCUCCAAUACCAGUUCCUCCUCCAGUACCUACAUUGCCUCCCGUGCCUCCUGUGCCCCCGAUUCCCCCAGUCCCUUCCGUGCCACCCAUGACCCCACUGCCACCCAUGUCGGGCAUGCCACCCUUGAACCCGCCACCGGUAGCACCUCUACCUGCUGGAAUGAAUGGCUCUGGAGCACCUAUGAAUCUGAACAAUAACCUGAACCCUAUGUUUCUGGGUCCAUUGAAUCCUGUUAACCCUAUCCAGAUGAACUCUCAAAGCAGUGUGAAGCCACUUCCCAUCAACCCUGAUGAUCUGUAUGUCAGUGUGCAUGGAAUGCCCUUUUCUGCGAUGGAAAAUGAUGUUAGAGAUUUUUUCCAUGGGCUCCGUGUUGAUGCAGUUCAUUUGUUGAAAGAUCACGUAGGUCGAAAUAAUGGGAAUGGAUUGGUUAAGUUUCUCUCCCCUCAAGAUACAUUCGAAGCUUUGAAACGAAACAGAAUGCUGAUGAUUCAACGCUAUGUGGAAGUUAGCCCUGCCACAGAGAGACAGUGGGUAGCUGCUGGAGGCCAUAUCACUUUUAAGCAAAGUAUGGGACCUUCUGGACAAACUCAUCCCCCUCCUCCUCAGACACUUCCCAGGUCAAAAUCGCCCAGUGGGCAGAAAAGGUCAAGGUCAAGAUCACCGCACGAGGCUGGUUUUUGUGUUUAUUUGAAAGGGCUGCCAUUUGAAGCGGAGAACAAACAUGUCAUUGAUUUUUUUAAAAAGUUGGAUAUAGUAGAAGAUAGUAUUUAUAUAGCUUACGGACCCAACGGGAAAGCAACUGGUGAAGGCUUUGUAGAGUUCAGAAAUGAGGCUGACUAUAAGGCUGCUUUGUGUCGUCAUAAACAAUACAUGGGCAAUCGCUUUAUUCAAGUUCAUCCAAUUACUAAGAAAGGUAUGCUAGAAAAGAUAGAUAUGAUUCGAAAAAGACUGCAGAACUUCAGCUAUGACCAGAGGGAAAUGAUGUUAAAUCCGGAGGGAGAUGUCAACUCUGCCAAAGUUUGUGCUCACAUAACAAAUAUUCCAUUCAGCAUUACCAAGAUGGACGUUCUUCAGUUCCUAGAAGGAAUUCCAGUGGAUGAGAAUGCUGUACAUGUUCUUGUUGAUAACAAUGGGCAAGGUCUAGGACAGGCAUUGGUUCAAUUUAAAAAUGAAGAUGAUGCACGUAAGUCUGAACACUUACACCGUAAAAAACUUAAUGGGAGAGAAGCUUUUGUUCAUGUAGUUUCCCUAGAAGAUAUGAGAGAAAUUGAGAAAAAUCCCCCAGCCCAAGGAAAAAAGGGGUUAAAGGUGCCUGUGCCAGGUAAUCCUGCAGUACCAGGAUUGCCCAGUGCAGGAAUACCCAGUACGGGAAUACCCAGUACAGGAAUGCCCGGUGCGGGAAUGCCUGGCGCGGGAAUGCCCAGUACAGCACUACCCGGCGCAGGAAUGCCUGGUGCGGUAAUGCCUGGUUCAGGAGUGCCCAGUGGAGGAUUGCCCAGUGCAGGAAUGCCUAGUACAGGAGGUGAAGAGCAUCCCUUCUUGACUGUAGGAUCAAAGGAGGCCAACAAUGGGCCUCCAUUUAACUUUCCUGGUAAUUUUGGUGGGUCAAAUUCCUUUGGGCCACCACUCCCUCCUCCAGGAUUAGGAGGGGCCUUUGGUGAUGGUAGGCCUGGUAUGCCUUCAGUUGGAAGCAGUGGUUUGCCUGGUCUAGGAUUGGAUGUUCCCGGUUUUGGAGGUGGACCAAAUAAUUUAAGUGGGCCUUCAGGAUUUGGAGGGGGUCCUCAGAAUUUUGGAAAUGGCCCUGGUAGUUUAGGUGGCCCUCCUGGCUUUGGAAGUGGCCCUCCUGGUCUUGGAAGUGCCCCUGGGCAUUUGAGUGGGCCACCAGCCUUUGGGCCUGGGCCCGGGCCUGGGCCUGGCCCAAUCCAUAUUGGUGGUCCCCCUGGGUUUGGAUCUAGUUCUGGAAAACCAGGACCUACAGUAAUUAAAGUGCAGAACAUGCCCUUCACUGUGUCUAUUGAUGAGAUUUUAGAUUUCUUUUAUGGCUAUCAGGUAAUCCCAGGCUCAGUGUGUUUAAAAUACAAUGAAAAAGGUAUGCCCACGGGUGAGGCCAUGGUGGCUUUUGAAUCUCGAGAUGAAGCCACAGCUGCUGUCAUUGACCUAAAUGACAGACCUAUAGGCUCAAGAAAAGUAAAACUUAUAUUAGGAUAG